AUGGCCGCUGCCGUCGCCACCCACUACCAAAGGCCCACGAACGGCCACGACCUCGAGGAGACCACCGACUUCGUCGAGGAGGUCAACAUCCUCAAGGACCAGCUGAACAAGCAGGCCGAUGAGACCACCUACGAGGACUCCAAGUUCGACUCGGAGAAGGACAAGACCGCCUUCCGCCAGUACGAGGACGCCUGCGACCGCGUCAAGAACUUCUACAAGGAGCAGCACGAGAAGCAGACCAUGGAGUACAACCUGGCCGCCCGCGAGAAGUUCGCCAUCGACGUGACCGGCAAGAAGCCGUGCCGCGACGAGAUGACCAUCUGGGAGGCCAUGGAGAAGCUCAACACCCUCAUCGACAACUCGGACCCGGACACGGAGCUCUCCCAGAUCCAGCACCUGCUCCAGACCGCCGAGGCCAUGCGCCGCGACGGCAAGCCGCGCUGGAUGCAGCUCACCGGCCUCAUCCACGACCUCGGCAAGCUCCUCUUCUUCUACGGCGCCGAGGGCCAGUGGGACGUCGUCGGCGACACCUUCCCCGUCGGCUGCGCCUUCGACAACCGCAUCGUCCUGCCCACCACCUUCGAGGGCAACCCGGACGUCCACCACCCCGUCUACAGCACCAAGCACGGCAUCUACGAGCCCGGCUGCGGCAUCGAGAACCUCAUGAUCUCCUGGGGCCACGACGAGUACAUGUACACCGUCUGCAAGGAGCAGUCCAGGCUGCCCCGCGAGGCCCUCGCCAUGAUCCGCUACCACUCCUUCUACCCCUGGCACCGCGAGGGCGCCUACCGCGAGUUCAUGAAGGAGGGCGACGAGGAGCUCCUCAAGGCCGUCCUCGCCUUCAACCCCUACGACCUCUACAGCAAGAGCGACGACGCUCCCUCCGUCGAGGAGCUCAAGCCCUACUACAUGGAGCUCAUCGACGAGUACUUCCCCUCCAGGGUCAUCAAGUGGUAG